GGUGCUAAAGCUGCAUUAAAUCGAUGCCUACAUGACUUACUUCAAUGAAAAACAGGUGCAAUGUGUGUUAAUCAUCCUAUCAGCCUGAAGCCAAGAAACAAGUCAGACAGGUCGGAAAAAAACAAAGCAAGAGGCAAGUCAGAGCGAGUAACAAGAGAAAAGACUCACAGUAGAGACGUCUCGUGGAUCUGGGUCAUUUUUUGCACUGAUUUCCACCAUUUACAGCAUGGACAUGCCAAACACAAGGAGGAUUGUCCUACUGGGAAAAACUGGAGUUGGAAAGAGCAGCCUGGCUAACACCAUACUGGGAGAGGCUAAAUUCAAAAUAAACAAUUUGAAUGAUUUGGAAACACAAUGUUCUCCUGCCGAGACCAAAACUAUCAAUGGAAGAAGCAUCGCUGUGAUUGACACUCCUGGUUUCUUUGACAUAGAGAGAUCUGAGAAACAUGAGAUAGUGAGGUGCAUCACAGAGUGCGCUCCUGGGCCUCAUGCUUUUCUCAUUGUGCUUAAAGUGGAGAAAUUCACAGAGCAGGAGAAGGCUGUCAUCACGCAAAUGUGUGAAUAUUUCCCUGAAGAUGCUCUAAACUAUGCUGUAAUUGUCUUCACUCAUGGUGACCAGCUCCCUGAAGGAAUGAAAAUGGAUGAGUAUGUCAAGCAAAGUGAGGGUUUGAGUGAUCUGGUGAAGAAGUGUGGAGGCCGAUGCCACGUCGUUGAUAAUAAAUACUGGAAGACCAACAAAGAGGACGAGUACAGAAGCAACCAGUUCCAGGUGGAAGAGCUGCUCAAGACCAUAGACAAGAUGGUGAUGAAAAACAACGGAAGAUACUACACGGAUGAAAAGCUCCAAGAAGUGGAGAGCAAAAUACAGAAAGAGGAGGAGCGCAUUAGAAAGUCAUCAGAAAACUUGUCAGCGGAAGAGAUCAGGAAGCAGGCCAGAAGCAACAUCUUUAAGAAGCAGGUGAACAAUGGAGCCUGGGCAUGGAUUAGAAGUUUAGUGGGUUUUGCAGUUGUAGCUGGAUUACUUGCAACUGUCUCAGCUAUGUUGACCAAUUCAACAUUUUUUAGGGUAUUAAAGGAAGCACCACUAUUAAAUGAAGAAUUAACAGCAUCAGCACUGGCAGAUGUGGUGGAAGAACAAGCUGAGGCAGCAUUACAGUAGGACAGGUAUUUGAGUUUUUGGACAAACUUCACAAUUGUUUGAAAGAACGUACAGUCCUAAAAAUCCAUUUUAAUGAAUCAAAUAAAACAGCAGGUGUCUUAAAAGAGGUUCAAAAUGACAUAUGACAUGACAUGUUGCAAUCCUAAACAGCUCAUUUAAAGUACUAUCAUUUUUGCUGAACAUGUAAACCAAUGGUUCUCAACCAGCGGUCUGAGGACGCCCACUGGUCCUUGAAGGAGUCCCAUGGGUCCCCAGAAAAAUGGUAAAUAUAUUAUUUCAGCCUGUUCCCAUUCUGAAGUCAUCACAUACUGCUGCUUUGUCAGUGAUUUAGGCAUAUGACACUUGAAGCCAAACACCACCUUUUGUAGCGGUAUAAUGCUCCACCAGGCAACAUCAGUUUCACAUGCGGCCAGUUGGAACCUUUCCCAGUGUUGUGAUACGCAACUGGUAAGCUGGACAGCAUCUUUUGCAGCAGGAUGAUACAUUGACAUGUGGCGUCAGUUCAUAACGCAGCUGGAUGCAACUGUAGCGGUGGUUUGAUACCCUGCUGUACCGCGAGUGGUGGUGGAUGUGUCCAACAAACCCCGGACUUUCACCCUGGAGCCUGGUGUACACUUCCUGAAUGGAUGUAGAGCUAAAACAUUUUUCUAAACCUGACCACAUGCUUUUGUUGCCUAAACCUAACUCUGUGCUGUUGUUGGUGUCCCACUGUUGGUUGCAGCGUCCCGGAAAGUCAACAGCAGACAAAGGAGGAUACCUAGCUCAUAAUACGUAGACGUGAAAGGCCACUGACAAAGCUGCAAUAUGUGAUGACUUGAGAUGAGAACAUGUUGUUUAUUUUCAUUGUUUAAUUCACUCUAAAAGUGAGCUCAAUGUGAGAAAGAGUCAUAAGAGUAACUGUUGUGAUCAUAGGUUUCACUUCCUCCAUGGUUAUAAUCAACUGAAAAGAGAGCCCCUUUGAAGCACUGAGUGAAUAAGCAGUAAAUUGGGUAGCAAAAAAUGUUCAGACAAUGUAUUAGAAAUGUAAAUAUAUAUGUCUGGCACAUUCAGUUAGAUCACAACUCUAAAAUAAUUGCUGGGUCAUGGUGUUUGAAAGGGGCAUGUCAAUAACUGUACACUUGUGAUUAAGUUUACUCGUCUUAUGGAGCACUACUCAGACUGUAAAAACUGUUGUACAAUGUCUGCUGUAUAUAGAAGAGCUUUCGAAAAGUGUGAAAAAUAAUUGUUUUUGCUUGAUACUUAAAAUGCUCGCAUUACAAACUGGAGGUGUGGGGUUUAAAGAUGUGGACAUUUAGAGGGCAAUGAGUGCCUUUAUUGAAAGACUCAUGACUCAUACUGCAGACAAGAAGUCUGAUGAUCUCUGUCUCUGCUUUGAUUUUUUUUAAAUCGGUCUCUUGUAAGUCCUCAAAACUUUAUAGAAGUGCAAUACUAAAUCAUGGGUGUACCCUUUAAUGGUUAUUAUUUUCUGUUUUCUCAAUAUAUUUUGUGUUAAUAUGUGUCACUUUGUCAUAAAUGAUUUAUGUAACAAUAAAACCUCUGACUGGUCA